GCGGCAGCGCGCGCGCGCUCCCGGCGCCCUUCCCCGUGACGUGCCAGGCCGCGGCUCCGCUAGGGCGCUGUAGCUGCCAGUGCCGCUGUUAUGGCGUCGGAGGUGCUGUCUGAGGAGAACCCGCCGCGGUCUCUUUAGAGCAAGGGCCGGGCGGCUGGGUAUGGAGAGCGGCCCCGAGAGCCUGCAGCCGCUAGAACACGGGGUGGCCCCCGGGCCAGCGCCAGGGACAGCUUCUCCGCAGGAAGGACGACAGGAGACCAGGCUCGCCGCAGGGGAUGGUCCCGAAGUAUGGGCGGCGGAGAGCGGCGGCGGGAAUGGGCAGGGGGCGGCGGCCGCUGGGAGAAGCCUCCCGGACACGGUCUCUCCCACCAGCGCUCCGCAGGUUCCUGGACCCUGCAGCUCCUUACCCGGCUUGGACUUGCAGGAGAGCGACUUAGAGAAUCCUGCUGCCCAGAAGGUGCCACUGAGAGGGCAGCACAAGGUGACCGCUUCCCCGGAGACACCCGAGGCCGGAGCGGGCCAGGGGUUGGGUCCUGCUGGAGACUCCGGCGCCCGGCCUGAUCUCGCCGGCACCUGCCGGCCAGAGUUGGCGGCCGCGGGCUCCGAAGAGCCCAGCAGUGCCGGCGGCCUCAGCAGCAGUUGCAGCGACCCGAGCCCUCCCGGGGAAUCGCUGAGCCUGGAUUCCCUGGAGUCGUUCUCUAACCUGCAUUCUUUCCCCAGUAGCUCCGAGUUCAAUAGUGAGGAAGGAGCUGAGAGCAGGGUCCCGGAGGAGGAGGAGGAGGGCGGCGCGCCGGUGUUGCCCGGGGCUGUGCCUCUGUGCGGAGGGGAGGAGGAGGAGGGUGGGGAGGCAGCUCAGGUACUCGCGGCCUCCAAGGAACGCUUCCCGGGACAAUCUGUCUAUCACAUCAAGUGGAUCCAGUGGAAGGAAGAGAACACACCCAUCAUCACCCAGAAUGAGAACGGACCCUGCCCUUUGCUGGCCAUCCUCAAUGUUUUGCUUCUGGCCUGGAAGGUGAAACUUCCACCGAUGAUGGAAAUCAUAACUGCUGAACAGCUGAUGGAAUAUUUAGGAGAUUAUAUGCUUGAUGCAAAGCAAGAAAUUUCAGAAAUUCAACGUUUAAACUAUGAGCAGAAUAUGAGUGAUGCUAUGGCAAUCUUGCACAAACUGCAGACAGGCUUGGAUGUAAAUGUAAAAUUCACUGGUGUUCGAGUGUUUGAAUAUACACCAGAAUGCAUAGUAUUUGAUCUUCUUGAUAUUCCUUUGUACCAUGGGUGGUUAGUGGACCCUCAGAUUGAUGACAUUGUAAAAGCUGUUGGUAACUGCAGCUACAACCAACUAGUGGAGAAGAUCAUCUCUUGUAAGCAGUCAGACAAUAGUGAGCUGGUUAGUGAAGGCUUUGUAGCUGAGCAGUUUCUAAAUAACACAGCCACUCAACUGACAUACCAUGGAUUAUGUGAACUCACUUCAACGGUUCAGGAAGGAGAACUUUGUGUGUUCUUUCGGAAUAAUCAUUUUAGCACCAUGACCAAACACAAGGGUCUAUUGUAUUUGCUGGUAACAGACCAGGGGUUUCUUACAGAAGAAAAAGUUGUUUGGGAAAGCCUACACAAUGUUGAUGGUGAUGGAAAUUUCUGUGACUCAGAAUUUCAUCUGCGGCCUCCUUCAGAUCCUGAAACUGUAUACAGAGGACAACAAGAUCAAAUAGAUCAGGACUAUCUUAUGGCAUUGUCUUUACAACAAGAACAGCAGAGCCAAGAGAUCAAUUGGGAACAAAUACCUGAAGGAAUCAGUGAUUUGGAACUGGCAAAGAAACUCCAAGAAGAAGAGGAUAGACGGGCUUCUCAAUAUUAUCAGGAACAGGAACAAGCAGCAGCCGCUGCUGCUUCUGCUUCCGUUUCUACACAGGCUCAGCAAAGCCAGCCAGCACAAGCCUCUCCAUCAAGUGGAAAACAAUCUGGAAAUAGUGAACGUAAACGAAAGGAACCUCGAGAAAAAGAUAAAGAAAAAGAAAAGGAAAAAAAUAGCUGUGUUAUUUUGUAACAAGUGUUGGAUUCUUUUGGAACCAUCUACAUUUCUUGAGAAACAAAACCACAGGAGGAAAGAAAAACCGAUAAAUACCGUCUGUGCCUGAUUUCCCAAUGGAUUUUGUUCAUGUUUUUCAGGGGAAAGGUUGUUACUUAGCUACAAUCAGACUUUUUCAAGUCACACGUACACUCUUUAUGAGCUGGAGUUUCAUGUUACAAGUUGGAAAUGCUGUGUGUUGUCAUUCAUGAAAAGUACUGCACUUGUAGCCAAAAAAGCAAAUCACAGCAAACUUUGUGUCAUAGUGACAUUCAUAACUCCUAUCAGUUAGUAAGCUAUUUUAUCUUCUGUUCUAACAGUGAAUGGAGGUAGUUGAUUUUGUCUGAUCCCUUCCUGAAAGCUAAAUAUUAGCACAAUAGUUUCUGAAAAUUAAUUUUUUCAAUGUUAAAUUAUGAUCUAAUCCACAAGAAACCAGGGGUUUAAUGUAGGGGUUGAAAAAUUUAAAAAAGACAAAAAAUAACAGGAAUAAAUAACUCUUAAUUGUUUAUCGGACUAGUUCAGCCCUUGAACAGCUUUACCUUUCUUUAGGAAUGUACAUUUUAGAUAUCAUCAUGAGAAAUGAUCAUGGAGCUUGGAUUUAAUUAGAUAGAAAAAGUAAAGAUUUGUAUUUCUUUUCUAGUAGCAAAAAAUUACAUAACACUAAUCUCAUCAAAACCAGAUAUUGACUUUGUAGUGUUGUAAAAUUUUGAGGAAUUUUGAAAUCUUUAACAUAGGUAACUUGGACCACAGUUACUAUUUCCUGAUAGUGUAGUGAGAGUAAGAAGGAAACCACAGUGGAUGCUAGGCUUUGUAUAUAUGGGGAUGGAGAAAAGAAAAUGGUUCAAUGUCUACCUUUUUCUAGAAUUACCUUGAACCUUAAAAUUUAAAUCAUGUUUAUUUGGUAGAAAAUUAAGUAUACUUACUAAAACUAACAAAAAAGCACAUUUCUGAAAGAAAGUUAGAGAUAAUCUCUGAGUCUAGUAAAAAAGAAUUAAUAAAAAUCUGUUGGAGGAAUUUAUAUAAAAGCAAUCAGAUUUUUUAACUUAUGGGAACCAAAUAAAACUGUAACAUCUUGUAGCAUUUGUAGGACUCAAAAAGAAUAUUUAUUGAACUUAAUCAUGAGGCAACACAUAUAUUCCUGUAUUUCUAGGUAUAGUUUGGAAAACAAUCCUUAAUAGUCCCUUUUUAUAUGCUUUAUAUUUAAAAGUUUGUUUUAGUCGUUUUUGAAACAGCUGUUGCUGCUGCAAGUAGUUAUGUGAUUUACAUUCUAAGCCUCAGUAAAUUUGUUUAAGAGCAUCAGUCUAACUUGAGCAUCCACUUGGAGAAUGUUGUUUGUGGUCUCGGAUGACAAUAGACUACCAAAAAAUAUGGUCUAAAUGUCCUUAAUGUUCUCUGUGAUCUAAGACAAGUUAUAGGAUUAGUCUACAUGUAAAAAGUAAAGUCUUAUUUAUGGAAGGAAUUAUUCAAGGGAAAAAUCCAGGGUCAAGCUGUAUUUUUUAUGUCUUAUGUAUUGCAUGUCUAUUUAUGUUACACCUUUUGUUAUUUCUUCAAAUUUCCUGUGCUAGCAUGAUAAACAUCAGAGAACCUGUUUGGGAUAUAAAACUUUGAUGUAAAAUAUUUGGUGAGUCUUGAUAAUAACACAGAACAUGCGUACAUUGGUAAAGUGAUCAAAUGUACUACAGAAGUCUCUGUUGGCUCAAAUAAGUUGACGUUAGUCCAGGUUUACUCUUGAUAUCACUCUGGUUGAAGGAGGAAGCUAAAACCUCAGGGUUUGUUUUUCCCAGAACAGAUAGUAGUGAUAGUGCAUUAUAUUUUAAUAAGAAAAAAUGAAACAAUAAAUUCCUGAGAAAUCUUACAAAGCAUAUUUGAGGCAUAUUUUCCCAUAAUUAUAUACUUAUCUAUUUAUUACCCUCAAAAAAUGUAUAUGUAGAAGCUAUUCUUCUGUUAUUUGCUACUGUUGUCUUACUUUGUUCCAAAGGUAAUACUGCCAUUCUCCAUUCCCUCUGGAAAUAAAAAAAUAACUCACUCAAAAGCAGCAGUGCUAUCAGAUAAGUAGAUGUCAAUGUAUACUUAUAGAAAGUAAUUAAAAUAUGUAAUGUGUUUGUUCAUUUAACCUUUUUCUAUGUUGUAUUUCCAAGUCAGAUUUUCUUACAUUCCUAGAAUGUUUGAUAUACCAAGAGUAAUAAUGAUAAAGUGUUUGCUUUGAUUACUAUGGGGGAAAAAUUAAAUGUUCAAUUCUAUUAAAACAAAGAAAUUUCUCAGAGAUACUGGUUUCCAAUCCUUGGAGAUUAUAAAGGAUUUAGAGCUAUUGUGUCUUUAUUUUCUUAAAUUUUUCUCAAGGCAACACAUUAUAUUCAGACAUUUCAUUGCUAGUUUGGGUACAUUGGAAUUUGGUAGUGGUAUAUCAAACUCUUUCCUCCAUAGUAUUUUGCAGUACUUGAAAAUUGUUACCUGUAUGCUGCUAGCAGCAGUUAGGAGUCAAACAUUUUUGGUUUUAAUAUUCAUUGGCUAGAUUAGGGGCACAUUUGCACCAACCAGUCACCAUUACAGCUAGUAAGAGAGAUACAUGAAUGAAUGAAAUGAUCACUACAAUUGCACAUACUUUCACAAUCUGUUCCUUAAGGUUAGUGACCAGUCUUUAUUAACAAUAUGAAUUGUUUUCAUACCUAAUACCACUAAAUCAAUAAUGCCAUGAUUCACAAUAGAUUAUCAGCAUUUAAAAGCACUUACUGUAUAUUUCUGAAGCAAGGAUCCAUGAGUUUAAUUAGAUUCUCAAAGGAAUCUGAGAAUUUUCCUCAAAUUUAAGAGUCAACAUUUUAGGCAUACAAAGACUAAGCUGUUUGAGGUGGCUAAAAUUGGCAGUGGCUGCUUCCUAUAGUAUGCUGGUCCAUUGUGCUUAGGUAAGGUAACCGCUAUGUUUCUAGGUGUCAGGUUGGCUGAAUGAGGCAUAGAUUGAAGUUUAGGAUUAGGCAUUGGAAUAUAGUUUCAUUGCCUCACAUUUUUAGUAUUUGACUACUUAUCCCUUAUUAUGUUUUGAAUUCUUCCUCAUCCUUCUUGAUCUGAGUUUUGAUUAAGCAAGUUAGAGUCAGAGAUUACUUGACUGAACCCAACGUUAACCACAAAAACUUAUUUUAAUGAAUCACCACUUCAGCUCCAUAAGAGACAGAAGAUCCUGAGAGAAAAGGACUAGAAGUCAAAUAGAUAUUUAAGGAAAGGAUUAUUGUGGUCCCUAUAUUAAUGUAGGCAUCCAUUAAUAUGUAUGCAGAAAAAUUGAGGCAAGAAUUUCCAGAACUGUCCUCAAACAAUCUCACUUAUUUAAAAAAGUUCUUUUAGAAAGCAAAACAAACUUUCCUAUUCAAUAUACCAGUUAUUUUUAAUGUGACGAAAAGCUGUGGGCUUUACCAAUCACACAUUGUUUGAGCAUAUAACUUAAACUAUAGUUGUAAGUUAUGUUUGCUAGAAUAAGAUGGAGGCAUUAAGAUAGUUACAUUUUAAUGAAUUGGAUGUGUGGAAUUCCUAAUCAUACCUAAAAACCUGGCUUUUAUCUUGCCAUGGUAAAAUUUCUGUGCCUCUAUUUACUCUAAAUAUAUAAAUGACAGUUUUUUAGUGCUUUGCACCCCUGAAUAAAGGGCAUAGUAGAAGCACAAAGUAUUACCUAAAGAAUUAUAAAUAUUGCACAGCUUUUGUUCUUGAAAGUCAGGUUUUCCCCAAUGACUAUUUCUUAAGCCAGUUUUUUAAUGCUAUCAUAAUCUGUAGAAUUACCUGUGUCUUUGAGUAUGGCAUCAUCUCUUCCCAAAAUGUAUUUUACAGUUCUUUUGUGCUCUGUGGACUAUAGGGUCAAAACCAAGAGUAUUUGGGGAGAAUAAAAAGCACUAAGAUUGUAUUUUUUCCAGUACCUUUCAUAUAUAUAAAUAUUUAGAUUCUCUGCCUUUUCCUCCAUGGAACAAAGUAUAAUGGUAUCAGGUUAUCAGUACCAUAUAUGUAAACUUUAUUACAUGGAUGGAAUACAUUUAGAUCUCUCAAUUACUGCCAUUUUCAGGGCGAUUUAAAUUCUUUUUUAGUAUGUUAUUUGAUAAUGUGCAUUGUAAUUUUUUUUUUUUUUUUGGAAAAUGACUGAGAAUGGUGAAGGAACUCAUUAGAAUCAGAGUUCUUAGGUUCUCUGGUAAUUUUUUUCUUAAACUUUAUUUAUUUUUAGAGAGAGGGGAAGGAGAGAGAGAAAGAGAGAUACAUUGAUUGGUUGCCUCUCACACACCCCCUCACUGAGGACCUGGCCCACAGCCCAGGCUUGUGCCCUGGCUGGGAAUCAAACUGACAACCCUUUGGUUUGCAGGCCGGCACACAUUCUGCUGAGCCACACUAGCCAGGGCAGGUUCUCCGGUAAUUUAGUGUCUUUUUUUUUAUGAUGUCAAACACCUGUGAAGCUUUUGGGAAAACAUGAAGAAUUGAGGUUACUGUUCUUGGUGACACUAUAAAACAAACUAAAAUUUAAAAUAGAAGGCUUCCUGAACAAAAUAAAUUGCAAAAUACAGAUAAUGGAGUCUAAAUGACAUAUUGCAAGACCCAGAUAAAUUUAACUUUGAAGAUCUAUCUAAAUUUUUAUUAAUGCAUGUAUUUGACUUAAUCCUGUUUCUGCUUUUAGUAAUUUGAAUUUAAUGAAUUGAUAUGCAUACAUAUUUUUAUGUGAAGGAUUCUAGUUUCUAAUUUCACAUCUAUCUCAAAAACAUUAAACUCAAGAACAGGGUAAAAGUAACUACAGCCUCAAGUUCAGCUUCAUGCUAUUUUUCUGAGAAAGGAAGAAAUUGAGAUUUGUCUGCCUAGAACAGAUGUUUUUUAGGGCAUGGUACUAUCCCAGAUACGGUGUUGAAAUCCCAUAGCAGAAAUACAAAACCUAAGCUUUAAACCACAGUAGAUUAAAGAAAAAAAAUACUGUUUUUCUACAAAAAAUCUACUUUAUCAGAUAUUCCAAGAAUUUCCUCAAAUCAUGUAGUAAUUUGUCACCAAUAACUAAGAACAUUAUAUCCAUCCUUCCUGUAAUGUCCUGCUUUGGAAUGUAGGGAUGCCUCCUGGAUAGAAAAUGCACAAAGAAAAAAUUUUCUAAAGGUGAUCCUGGCUUCAUUGGCUUUAGUAGCUACAACUUUAAACAGGAAGUCAGGAAAUUAAAUCGCCCUUGUAAAUUCCAAGUCAGUGACCUGCCCAAGUGAACAUUAUAACUGACUGCUGAGCAGUUCUAGCCAAUGGGAUGUAUUUUAAGACUAAGGGUGUCAUUUAAUCUUUGAAAAGAUUAAAUGUCCUGUGUGUCUCUCAAAUUUGUCAGAUGUUGUUCCUUUUUACAUCUUAUGUGAAAUAAUCAUUUUUUCCAGAGUAUAUAGUAGGAUAUCUAAACUUUACAGAUUUUUAAAAAUGAGGAUUUGAAAAGCUUCCAGUGGUUUUUGCUACAAUGCUUUAUCUUCCUCAAUAAAAUGACAACUGUUGUUUUCACAGAUCUGCACAUCACAAGUAAGACAAUAUGAUAGAAGACUGAUGUAUGAUUGCUACACAACAGUCAGCAAAAGGAAUAAUCUUCACUUGUGAAACUUCAGAGAAACCCUGAAAGUCAUUUCCUAACAUUAGUGCAUGUGAGUUUUUUUCUCCUUGAAUUGUGCAGAACAAUUGAAUUGUGGCGCAUAUUAGGGGGAGUAGCAAGUGAAAUGUUGUAAAGACUGUAGAGAAAGUGAU